CGGGAGCGCCGAGAGCCGGGACGCUUCCGCGCCCCCGGAGGAGCCGACCUUUCUCUCCGCUUCAGCUUUCUUGGCUGCUGCCGCACCUCGGCCCCCGCGCGCAGGCGUUGGCAGUUAAUCAGAGAGAGGCGUGGAUGUGUUUACAAGAUGUGAGUUGUGUUCUUUCCACCGUUACCCUCCGAGGGCUUCUUACACCUCAUGGUGACAGGUGUGAAUCAUGACACAGAAGGGCAGAAUGAAGCCAGUGAAGAAAAGCAAAGCAGAAGAACCGGAAUUGGAGCCCCUGUGCUGCUGCGAGUACAUUGAUCGAAAUGGGGAAAAAAACCACGUGGCUGCUUGUUUGUGUGAUUGCCAAGAUCUGGAUGAAGGGUGUGACAGAUGGAUUACGUGUAAAUCCGUGCAGCCGGAGACUUGUGAAAGAAUCAUGGAUACAAUCUCCGAUCGCCUCCGAAUUCCUUGGCUUAGAGGAGCCAAAAAAGUUAACAUUAGCAUCGUUCCCCCUCUCAUCCUCCUGCCUGUCUUCCUCCGCGUGGCUUCCUGGCAUUUCCUCCUGGGGGUGGUGGUUUUGACUUCCCUUCCUGUGCUGGCUCUGUGGUACUACUACCUCACUCACAGAAGGAAAGAGCAGACUCUGUUCUUCCUGAGCCUCGGGCUGUUCUCUCUGGGCUACAUGUACUAUGUGUUCCUGCAGGAAGUGGUUCCCAAAGGGCAUGUGGGGCCCACUCAGCUGGCCCUUCUUACCUGCGGGUUAUUUCUGAUCCUCUUAGCCUUGUACAGAGCCAAGAAGAAUCCAGGCUACCUCAGAAAUCCAGCAAGCAAUGACAAAUCUCUAGGCAGCAGCCAAAUUGAGUGCCUGAACAGCAAAGGGCAGGAGAAGUCCAAAGGGUUCCUCGGCGCAGAUACGUCGGGCAGCCUCAACAACCGCACGCUGAAGGAUGAUCUGAAGGGCUCUUCCAGGGUGUCGGCUGGAAGCCCCACCAAGGUGAAGGAGGACUGGUGUGCCAAGUGCCAGCUGGUACGACCAGCCCGGGCAUGGCAUUGCCGGAUAUGUGGCAUCUGUGUGAGGAGAAUGGAUCAUCAUUGUGUCUGGAUAAAUAGCUGUGUCGGAGAAUCAAAUCAUCAAGCAUUUAUACUUGCGCUUUCGAUCUUCUUGCUCACCUCGGUGUACGGCAUCACGCUGACCUUGGACACCAUUUGUAGAGAUAGAAGUGUCUUCACAGCUCUCUUCUAUUGUCCUGGAGUUUAUGCAAAUUACAGCUCGGCUCUGUGCUUCACCUGUGUGUGGUACUCUGUGAUCAUCACAGCAGGCAUGGCCUACAUCUUCCUGAUCCAGCUGAUAAACAUCAGUUACAAUGUGACUGAGAGGGAAGUCCAGCAGGCACUGAGACAGAAGACGGGGCGCCGGCUCCUCUGUGGACUCAUCGUGGACACAGGCCAGUACAAUAGGGGCUUCCUGCGGAACUGGCACCAGUUCUCCACCCUGGGCACUCACCCAUUCCACCACCCUGCUGAGGACAUUGUCUGAAGUGCCUUCUGUACGGUGUGAGGGAUGGCUCCUCCCUCUGCUCCCUUCCAUUGUACACUUCAGUGUCCAUGCAGGAUGUUUGUUUUUAUCCCUGGUUUCUUAAAGGCGCCAUAGGGCCAUGCUCAGGUUUAGAGACUGGACUGAGAAGAAAUUAAUUUUUCUGACUUCACAACUUAAGAGCUGUUUAUACUGAAGCAGCAAAAGUAGAGCCAUUCCUUUCCAGUCACCUUGUUAACUAAAUCGCCAGACGCUGAAAAUGAUGUGGAUUGCUAAUGCACAAAUUAAUAGAAGCAAUUCCAUCCAUUAGUAUGGGAGAAAGAGUUUUGGAUUAGAAUAGGUUCUAGUCCCUCUUUUAAUUCCUAAUAGCCAUGUGACCCUUAGUUGAGUCACUUUCCCAAGUCUCAGGUUCCUCUGUAAAGUGGGGUACUGAUGCCUAUCCUGGCUACCUCACAAUGCUGUUAUGAGGGUCACAUGACAGAGGAGGUAUGUGAAAAGCACUGAAAGACACUUAAAGCACCAGAGAUGUAUGAAGUAUUAUUAGGAAAAUCCCAAGACUGAGAAAAAUGUUGGUAGGUCAGAAUAUUGAAGCCCAUAUUAUUAAUCUGUUUUCAACAUUUCAGAGUGAAAAAAAGAUCCCCAAAUACCAUGUUGUACAGUUGCAGGAAUUUCUCUUAUUAACUACUCAAACAGGGUAGAAGAUGACCAGAUGGAUGGAUUUGCAUUUUCAUUGGAUAUUGAAAGGACAGUUGAUACCAAUUAUAAUGAUCUCUGGUAUAAUGUACCAGUGGUCACGGGUAUAGGCGAUGAGUUCUUAUAUUUAUCUUAUUUCUUAGGAAUUUAUUGUUUAUAUUUACUCUAAAUAACUCCAGUAGGCAUUAAUGUUUUUUCCUCUUUCCAUGUCUCACCUGGUAAGGUGCUAGCCACACUGUGACGAUGGCUGGAAGAGGAGGACAGACAUUCCUACAGGGAACACUUUAUUCUCUUUCCUGAGUAUGGUGGCUGGUUAAUAUCAAGGGCUUGAUUUUUUUGUUUAUGUAAUUGAAAUGCUGUCAGUUACAGCACUAAGUUGUAAUAAUCCAUUUUCUGGCAUUCACGUUAUUCUGGCAUGGACUCUUUGAGGAGUUGAUUUACAUCUUCCCACUUAACUUAUAUAUUACUUCUCAUUCACCUUUCACUAGAUAAAAGUAUCUCACUGGGAGAGAAAAAACAGGGUAUAUGUGGUUUUCACUAAUUAAUGAAUUACUGUUCUUCCUUAGCUUUUCCAAAAAUAUCAAGUUGUUUCUUCAAUCAUAUCUCAAAACUGAAAAUGUAUAAAGGAUUAAAUAUUUAUAUAGAAUGGGUCUAUGCUGCUAUGGGUUUAAGAUGAGGCAAUUUUGGAUGGGGUAAACACUCGCUUGAAAUAUUUGGUUUUGUACUUGUAUGUCCCAACAAUAAUUCACGAGUCCUUAAAUUUGCCUUGGCUUGUAGCUUAAUAUAGGGAAAAUAUUGCCAGGCUUUUCAGUCUUUCUCUGCAUGCUGCUGUAACGAGAUUUGUAAAUGUUGAGAGGACAUAGUGCUACUUCCUGCAGCUCUGCCCUCUGCAGCUAGCACCAUCCUUAGUCCUUCCAUUAAUUGAGGCUGUCCUUAAGACAGCUUCUCGUUGCUUUCCUCAGAGAUGGUUUGUUUAACAAGUGAUAGGCUCCGUAUUCCCUUGUGAUGAGCCAAAGAGCAAGUCUGGGGGUGUUAGCAGAGGCUGUGGUUUCUACAGUGAUGCACUCUCCCUGGCCCAGAGUCAAGUAUUCAUUUGGAAUUAACAUUAGAUCUGAUAUAACUAAUUCCUUUCUGUAUAGGUUUGAGAUAAGAGAGACAGUAAUAAUGUCAAGGACAGCACAUGUGGCCAGAAAUCUCUGGUUGUUGUUUCUUGAAUGCCACCUCUGUAUAGCCAACUCUGAUUGUCUAGCAAUUGAUAAUAUUCACAGAAAUGUUAGAAGUCAGUAAUUUUAGCCUCUUGCCAAAUCUUUAAAAACAGUCAAACCAUAAUGUAAUGAAGAUGAGUCGUGCCUGAAAGACCAGACUCAUUUGAGAGAAUUAGGAAUGAUCACCAUCUUUAUAACCACCCACGCCUAAUAGUGUUACCUGGAUGGGGCAACUCAGUCCCUCACUUUGAUAAGGUCUUCUUGUAUAUUAUUUUGGAUUAUUGGAAUUAAGAUUCUUGUUUUAAGUUCCUUGAGAACUUCACGAUCAGCAUGUUACAGAAGAAAGCUCAAACCUUUGACAAGCUCAAUGGUUUUGUCGGAGAGUAAAAGCCUACGGAAGUACUUGCACCAAAAGGAGAGAAAACAAGGGUCUCUCCGUGAGUGCUCUUUAGGCUCCGGAACAGCCUUGGCCUAGACUCCUAGACUUUUAAGCUCUUUGUGAUGGGGAACUACUGGGAGGAUUUUGUCAUUUUAAAGGAAAAAGCUUCUGUGAGAAGGUGAGGCCCAGAGAAACGUGGUGGUGGUAGCCACAGGGCACUGAUCUGCAGAGCUGUCAGCCAGCCUCCUCCCCGCAACAUAAUUUCAGGCAAGUGGGUCUUCUUCUCUGCCCCCACAGACUCAGCCUCUGUUAAUAAACAUACUGGCUGUGGAGCUUAGUAAACGAUCUACUGUAUUCUAAUUAGCAUUACUGUCAUGCUCCUGUGUACUAUACCUGGGGAGAAGAAAUGGGUCCAUUUGAAAGAUUAAAAGGAGAAAGGUUAAGGAUCAGGAUUGCACGAAAGGAGAAAAUCCUUCAGUGUUUAAAUAUUUCUUACGAUUUCCAAAGAGUACCUUGUGGUUAUGGAAGGGCCCACCUGAAAUGAAAUGACUGUCAACAAUGCCUCUUUGGUAGGUUUUUCUGAUGCUGCUGAAACUGAGCCUUAAGUGUGUUUUAGGGACACUGUGCUUCUUGUCUCACCUUAGCCACCUCUGUGUCUGUGUGUAGGAUACUGUAGAUCUUUGCUAUCCAAGUAGUGUUUUCCUUUCGUGAAUGAAGUAAUCGUUGUCUUCCAUUGUACCAUCUGCCCAGCACAGAGACUGCUACAGACUUUCUCUUAUGCAAUAGUCCUUGGUACUUCAAAUAUUUUUUGCAAGAGAAAAUUUUCUAAACUAGGAUCUUCCACUGCCAGAAAACACAGUGCCAGUAAGGUUCUCUGUUAUACUGACCAUCUACUUAAUAGAUAUAUUUCCACUGGGUAGGACAUUAGAUUUUUAUUAUGAAACUCAACUAAUAUAAGCAAAAAUAUUAUAUCUAGAAGCACAAUUUUAACGAGGAUGUUUAAAAAUUAAUAGUUUGUCAAGUUUAAGAGUCUCUUUAAACUAGGUAAGUAGUUUUAUAUGACUUAACUUAAUGUUAGCCAUAUUGUGGUACCCUGCAUUUUAAGGAGAACUUCUUACUGUUAAAGGGUACAGCUGAAACUUAUUGGAUUUCAUUAACCAAUGUCACUAUAAAAAAUUAAUUAAAAGAAAAAAAAGAAUUCCCUCAAAUAAGCAAUUGAUGGAGACUUUUGCUUGAGGCACCUGCUUAGAAUCUGGUUUUCUUAGCAGCAGCUCGACAACAGCAUUUUAUAUUAAACAUUGCAAAGGUGAUGCAAGAGGAGAAUGAAAGCUGUGCUUAAUUUAAUGCUGAAUAAAAUUCGGUAUGUUCUUGUA